CGGCUGUAGGAACCGCUCCUGAAUGGGGAUAAUUGUAGCCCUUCUGCCCUAAAGCUCUGCUCCUUUCUCCCCCAAAAUCUCUUCUCCUUUCUCCUCAAAUAUCUAUUCUUUCUGCCCUAAAGCUCUCUUCUUUCUCCCCCAAAGCUCUGUUACUUUUUGCUCCAAAUAUCUCUUCCUUUCUCCCCCGAAGCUCUGUUUCUUUCUCCCUCAAAUGUCUGUUCUUUUCCACCCAAAUGUCUGUUCUUUCUGUCCCAAAGCUUUGUUCUUUCUCCCCCAAAUGUCUGUUCUUUCUGCCCCAAAGCUCUGUUCCUUUCCGCCGGUGAACGCAGUUCUUGCAGCGCGGUUACUCCGGGCGUGUGUGCGAGGCACUGUGGAUGUACCACGGGAAACGCGAGUUCUUAUCGGUACCUCUAAACCAGAAAGAGAGAGCAGAUGUCCUCGCACGUUUUUCUAUUCAACUGGUGCUUGAGCAGCAGUUCCAUGAACUGGGAGCCCGUAAGGGACGGGACUGGGACUGGCACUGUUGUGGCGCGGUUUCCUCCGCGGCUGUUGAAAGCUCAUUGCAUCGCCGGCGCUCUCCUUUCAUCACUGGGGACGCUCAAACUCUUGUCUGACUUAUUCAACCCCGGCACUAUAAAUAUGGGUUUGGUGUGGUUAUUUGUUUGUGGUUUUGAGGGUUUUCUUUGUUGUAUAUUCUUUUUCCCAAUCUGUUAAGCAGCGUGCUGGAAAGAGCUGGCAGUGUAAUAUUUAACAGGAAAAGAACUCGAAAGCUCAGAGCAUUGUGUUACAGUUCACUGAGUGUCUCCAGCACAGAACAAAACUACACUGCUUGCAUUAUUUGGGAACACACUGCUGCUGCUGACAGGUUUGAAUGGAGAUUUUUGGUUUUUCCUGGUAAUUAAUGUAUUCAGUGCCCCAGGAAGUCCUUGCUAAAGGAAGCGUAGCUUUUUGUAAACAGCUUUCCCUGAUGGGAUGCAUUGUGCUGGGUGGGCAGGAGGGCUUGAGGUAGUGAUUACAAACCAGGAGACAAAGGCAGAGCAGAGACCGGUGACUUCAGGGUGUGACAGAGUUAUUGUCCCUCCGUGGGUGCCAGUUUGGGGCACUGAGGGUAUGCCAAGGGUUCUGCUGGAGAACAGGCUGCAAGGGUGAGGUGCCAGCUGCUGUGUGUGCCUGCAGGGCUCUGCAGAGGGGAAGGUGCCCCAGACACUCAACAAGCUGCACAGGCAAGCUCCAGCACUGUGGUGGUGCUUGGGGUUUUUUCCAUUUUAACUCCAAAUCCUGGUUCUGUUGGAUAUUUCCCAAGUGUCUAAGCAAGUCUUCUGAUCCCAGUGUGCCUUAGAUCCUGGCCUGGAACCAGUGGGAAAAUACCUCUGGCUUAUUUUCUUCCAUAUCCUGCAUAUCCCUGAAGGGUCUGGAGUGGUUUUAGGAUCUGAACGUGGUGGAGUUCCUGUCGUUCCCAUGAAUAACUGCAUUCACAGAGGGGGAGGAGAAGUGUGUGUGGCCCAGAAUUUUAAGGCAAAAAAAAAAAUUAGAAUUGGGCAAUGUGCAGUUCACAGUGUGGUUUAGACAUUGCUCCUGGGCAAGUCAGUGACAAAAGUCUACCAAUAUUCCCAGGCAUGGCUUUAGAAAUGAGGGUGCUCCUUUUGGGCAUCCUGCUGUCACCUAUUGUCACCUGUGGGAGCUGAGGGGUUUUGGUGCCUCUCACCAUCCAAACCAGGUAGAAUUACUGAGAUUUUAGUUGGUGCUGCUCCUGCCCAGAGCUGCCAAGGCAAUGAACUGCUUUUAAUGGGUGUUUUACCAGCAUUCAGCCUGGGCAGCUCAUGCCAGAACCUGAGAAAAUGCUGAAAAUGCUUAUGUAAAGGUGCUGCCCUGACAUGGGGACAUUCAGGCUCUCACAGGGAGAGUUGUUUGCCCCAGGCCACUUUGAACUUGGCCUUUUCUUCCCUCCUUCCUCCCUCUUUGGAGCCUCUCAAGGUAAACCCAGGCACGUUCAGCUCUCAUGAAGGACGUUGUGUUUCUAUUGCUCCCUGAAAUCACAGCUUGCCUCCAUCCCUGGCGGUGUUCCCGGGGUGCUGGGAAGGUGAGGGCAGGAACAACCCAGCUGCACACAAACCCCACCUUUCCCCAGGUGAAAGCAGUGAAUCUGUGCCCUCCUAACCAGCACCAGCCUUCCCUGGUAGGGAGCUGCCUCUCCAAGUCCAGCCAUCCUGGACAAACCCUCAAACAAAGCCCUGUGCUCCCUGUGGCCCCUCUGCUGGAGUUGCCAGGUGCUGCUGACAGCCAACUCAAGAUGACGACAGCCACGCCACUGACCAAUAACACUCAGCUCUCAGUCAAUGUGACCACAAAGUCUCAAGAACAAAUUCUCUAUCAAAGUUCUGGAGCAAUAAUUGCUGCCAUUGUGGUGGGGGUGAUUAUUAUUUUCACAGUGGUUCUGCUCAUCCUGAAAACUUACAACAGGCGCAUGCGCGUGCGGCGGGAGCUGGAGCCCAAAGCCUCCAAGCUGGCAGUGCCACCUCCUGUGGGGCACCACAGCCACAGCCUGGCCCAGCAGCCCUCGGUCACCUUCAUCCCCGUGGACAUCCACCUGCAGAGCAGGUAGCCAGGAACUCAGCCUCCCUGCAGAGAAGAGAUGGAAUUGUUAUCCCACGGACCUGGAGCUCCUCAGAGCUGCUGCUCUCUCUGUGAACUGACACAAAUCCUGGUUUCUUCUUUGGGAGGGAAAACCAGAGAUCUGCACACUUUUCCUAUGGCUGAAAGAACAGGUGGAGCUCUAGGAAUCAACAGGAUGACAACAAGGCCUCUUGUGGGUCUGGAUAAACCAAGAGAAGAUGCCCAGGUUUUGUGGAACUUUUGCUUCCUCAGAGACUUUGAACCUUUUCUGUUCUGCUGAUAAACAGGAGGAAAAGUCUGGAUGUGCCCCAAACUCAGGUUGGACCUGAGUUUGUUACAAGUUACAUGGAAGAGGUUUGUGGUUUAUUUUAUACUUGAUGGGUAGUAUAGGAGAUGUCAAAAUUGUAUUUAUCUUUACUCGUAUUUCAUGUUUCUAAUGCCAUGUAUGUACAGGCUGAGGGGAAAAAAAAAAGUUACUUCUUAUUUUCAGGUAUUUUUAAGCUAUUUCUAUAAACUCUGUAACUCCAUUUCCAAAGGGA